CGCGCAUGCGUUGUGUUGGUCCUCAGUACCUGUCAAGUAGCACCGGCGAAAACUAUUUUUGUUAUUCAUAUCACCAUACAUUUUGAAUUAAUAGAACUUAAAAUAUCCUUUUCACUAGUGUCGGAAUGGUUUUAUAAAUCAGGUGUAUUUUGUAGAACUAUAACUGCAACAACAAAGUGAUAAAAUUCGAACUAUUAAUACGCUUAAUUAGACAAUAUAAUGUUUAGCUGAACAAUAUUUGGCUAAAUACAUUAAAAAAAUUAAAGUAUACAACAAAUGAUGUUAUAUAAGCAAAGCUUUUUUCUUAAAAAUGACAAUGGAACUGUUGCUCAAAUUUAAAAAUGGGAAGUGACAAAGGGUGAGAAAAUGAAUGAGACCUUAGGACGAGGGUAUGCCCGCAUCGAUGCCAUCCGGGCAGCGCGGGGCGAGCCGUUCUCCACCCUGGUGGAGUCGGGUGCUCCGCCGCCGGACAGACUCUUCAUUGUCUACAUAACACUGUUCCUGGCCGGGGCUGCAUGUUUGCUGCCAUUCAACGGCUUCAUCAUAGCAGUUGAUUAUUACCAGGAUCAGUACCCGAACACGGCCAUAAUAUAUGAUAUAACUACAGUGUACAUAUCAUCGGCCUGUGUUGCAGUUGUCGUUAAUAACCUGUUGGUAUACAUUUCACAUUAUACCACACGCAUCACGUUUGCCAUCCUGUUCACGCUAUGCACAAUGCUGUUUGUUACGCUAUGCAACAUCGGUUGGGACAAGUUCUCUCCACACGUCUCUUACAAUAUUAACCUGAUAGCUAUAGGGUUUAUUGCAUUCGGUUGUACCAUCCAGCAGGCUUCAUAUUAUGGAUUCACAGGCUGUCUGCCGCCAAAAUACACGCAAGCCGUAAUGGCCGGAGAAAGCGCUGCUGGCUUCUGGGUGUGCAUCGAUCGAAUUGUAACAAAAUAUUGGUUUCCGUCGCCGCAACGCAGUACGUUUGUGUUCUUCGUAUUCUUAAUCCUAGUUCUCAUGGGACACUCAUUGCUCCACCACGUUAUGAUGCGACAACUCUUCGUCCAGUACUACAUGAAACUUACGAAAGAAUCUCAACGUAGACGGCGUAUCCAAUUGCAUUUGACCCCUCACGACGAUACGACUUUGAUGGAGAAUGAAACUGCGGAGGCCAAUUUUGGAGUCCUGAAAUUGCAAAGCCCAGCAGUUUCUAGUGCUGGAAUUAAUGGACAAGCUGAAGGCGAAUCUAGCAAAUUUAGUUUUGCCAAUCCCGUAUAUUCACCGACUGCCACCAAUCCAGCGCCUAUUGCCGAAGGAGAACCUUCGUCUGGAUCUCCUUCUACCUUGAGAACUCCAAGACCGUCGUAUAAGGUAGAGGAUGUUGUGACAGAGUCUCCAGGAGGACCCACCACGUGGAAAACUUUCAAACGUGGUAUGCUAAGUCGUUGGGCCGUAGCUCGUGCAAUAUAUCCGUAUAUGGUCUGCAUAGGACUAGUUCACUUCACUACGAUGAGCUUGUACCCGGGAAUCGCUUCAGAAGUACCAUCAUGCCGCCUCGGAUCCUGGAUGCCUGUCGUACUAAUGACAGCUUUUAACUUAUUCGACUUGAUUGGAAAAAUUGCAGCAGCAUGGCCGUAUGAAUGGAGCCGUAGUCAGUUGUUGAUGGCGAGUGGCUUAAGACUAUUAUUAGUACCACUGGUCUUACUAUGUGCUGCACCCAGACAUUCGCCUCAUAUAGUUGGAGAUAUAUAUUCCAUAAUGUUUUCGAUCAUUCUGGGUUUUACCAAUGGUCUCUUCGGGUCAGUUCCAAUGAUGACGGCGCCUACACGCGUUGGAAGGGAAUACAGAGAAAUAGCGGGUAACGUGAUGACUCUUUCAUACAACGGAGGUCUGCUGUCUGGAUCGCUCGUUUCAUAUCUCUUAUUGGGCAUGCUGGGUCCCACGGGAGAGUCGCCGUGCCGAGUAUACCCAACCCCGAUCCUUCCCACUCUCCCACCAGCCCCACCACUCGCGCCGCAUCCAGUUCACAACGACACAUAUCUAUCUGUCUUGCACUAAUUAUUAAUAUUAUAUAUUAAUGCACUACUAAUAUUUAAUUACCAAAAAUAAAUGAAUAAGAAAUGAAAUAGGAAAUUAAUGAGCAUGACGUAUUUUCUCUAAUUCUGUCUUGUGCAGUUUAUAUUAAAUUAUAAUUAGUUUACGAUGACAGAGUUAUUACAUUUUAGGAUUUCAGGAAGCCUACGUAACAUUAUAAACAAUAAAUGUAUUUGAAUUUAUUUCACCGCUUCUGGAUUAGUUACGUAGUGAUUACGAGCGUAUUUUAAAUGUAAAAACACAAAUCAGAUCGACAGAAUCAAUCCUAGUGAUACCAUAGUUCGGUUCUUUGUGGAAUAUUUUUAUUUUUCGUCGAAAUCUCUGACACCGGCAGUACAGAACAUUUUUGGUAAUUAAAGUAGUGUGACCAUCCACUAUGUGUAAAUAAAUACUAGAUUUUUUUUAAAAAUAAUAAUGAAAAUAAGUCCGGGUAAAAAAUUAAAGUACCAUUUCUAACAUUAAUUAUUUUUGUGUAAUUUUUAGCGUAAUUCUAAUUACUAGCAUCGCUUGAAAUUGAAAUUGAUUUAUUGACUCUCUUAUUAAAGACUGAAUCAUUUUUUAACUACAUUUUUAAAUAGCUCGGGUAAGCGUUUAUUUUUUCUCAAGAAUAUAUUUCUAAGUCUUCAUUAUAAAAGUGCGCUAAUACUUUGACUGAUUAUGAAUAUUGAAAGAAAACAAUGGUAUAAAUACGAAUUCCAGUUUCAUAGUGUUAAAUGCAAACUUUUCGCAUUCCGUGCAGUAAUUACAAUCAUAAUUACCAUAGCACGAUUAAACAGGAUAGUGCAAAUAUUAAUCCGACAAGCAAAUGACCCAAUAAUGAUAAUUGUAAAAUGGCACUCAACACGCUUAUAUGUAUCUUUUUUUAUUUAAAUUACUUAUUUAUUAAUGACAUUAACCUCACUUGUCGAACAACACAAUUUAUUGAGUAUUUAUACGCUGAUAAUAUCAGAAUUAAAUUAAUUAAUUAAUAAUAACUUUAAUUAAUAAUGGCCUAGAGCAAAAACCUCAAUUCACGUUGCACUAUAACUACUUAAUACUCAUUAAUUUUAUCUACCCUUGCUGCACAAACAUUCCUUGAGAUUUUUUACUUCUAAUGUUUGGUGGGAUCUUAAUGAAAAGACUUAUGAAUUUUGACUAAGACUUAAUUUUGUUGAAAAGUACUUAGACUUCACCAACACUCAAUCACCGUACCAGUCGAACUCAAUGCAGAGUUUGAGAUCACAGCAACCCGCGGAGUUUUUCGCAGGAUCUCCUCAUCUAGUAGAUUCGAUACGAUGGUAGAUGCACUGGCAGAGCUCCCUUUUAUCUGGCAUCCUUCGGAGGCACCCAGGCGGUUGUUAAUAUCUCUAUUCCUUCUGGCUGAGCCUGAGCUCUCCUAACCGACCUGGUGAAUCAGGAAAGCUCUCUCCCGUCCACCAGCAAUCCAUGCAUUCCAUAAUAAUAAGAGUACUUUUGUGAAUAUAUACAUAUACACCAUAUACCUAGUCAGGUCAUAAAUUCUGUCACAUGUUUAAUGUAAAAUAAUUGAAACAAGUUUAUUCAUUAUUUAACCGUUCAUAUACCAAAAUGAACUUAACAAAACAUAGAUUCUUAUGACACUAAAGUUUAUUCAAAAUGACCUCCGUGGUUUUGAAUACAGGUCUUCAAUCAGCGCGGCCAGUCGUCUAUCGCAGCACGAACGAGGUCCAUGUCAAUAUCGGCGGCUGCCUUAAUCAAGGAUGUCUUGAGUGACUCCAAAUUGGGAUGAGGCUUUGAGCACGCCUUUUCCUCCAAGUGUUGCCAUAUCUUGUAAUUUAACGGAUUCAAAUCUGGACUGGAGAAGGGCCAGUCUUCGUGCCGGAUGAAGUCGAUUUCACGCCCCGCCAGCCAGUCUUGUGUGCUCUUCGCUCUAUGAGCUGGCGCUGAAUCUUGUUGGAAUACCCAGUGCCUGUUAUUGAACAUGGUAUGAGAAACAGGUUCCACAAGGUUCGUCAGGAUUGUAUUUUGAUACACAACUGCAUUCGUUUUUACACCUUUCUCACAAAAAUGUACCUCUGUUAAGCCCCAAUAAGAAACUCCCAACCAUACCAUGAGCGAGGAUGGAAAAUUACCUCGUUGGACACGCAGAAUACGGUUGCUCACUUCUUCACUACUGUGUGCGUACACCUUAUCAUUUUGUUUGUUGUAGCUCUCUUCUACGGUAAAAAUUUUUUCAUCCGAAAAAAGAAUUUCCCGAUAUUUUUUUCCCGCGUACCGCUUCAACAAAGCGCGGCAUCUCUUCAGUCUCAGGUCCGUUAGACGAGCAUUCAAACGAUGUCCUGUUUUUCUUCGAUAUGCCCGAAGCCCUAAGUCUUCAUUUAACACCCUUUUCACCGUGGUUCUGCUUAACCCCAUCUGAAGGGCCAACAGUUUAUGCUUACGUUUGGGAUUUCUUUGAAUUCGCGCCUUCACAGCUUUUAUCACUGCUGGAGUCCUAACAGACCGAGGGCGACCACUUCUUGACCUGUCAUCUACACUAGAGUCUUCAUUGUAUCGUUUCAUGGUACGAUAAACGAAUCUUUUGGUUAUAUUCAAAAUUUUCAGUAUGUUAAAAAUUUGAAUUGGCGCGUAACCGCAACGAUGCAACGCAAUAACUGCAACACGGUCUUCUUUAAGCGUCCACUCCAUAUUUAAAAAUGAGUAAAAUUCUAAAAGUAUACAUUUUUAUUUUCAUGAACAAUUCGAAAUUCGAAUUCAAUAAACUUUUUUGUGGCCAGCAUUCUAAAAGAAAAGUUUUUACUGUGUGACAAUACUUAUGACCUGACUAGUUAUAUUAGUUUUAAGCUAAUAUUAAUUGGCAUUCAUAAUUUGAUCCAAAAUAUUGUUCAUUAAUUUUCUUCUUAAAUUUCAACUCUGAUUUGACUGAAUGAACACUUAAUUUCUUAAUUGUGACGUAAGCGCUAAAAUAUAUGUACGGGACCACAUGCGAGUUAUUUGUUAAAAAAAACUAACAUAUAUCUAACAGCUUAUCAUCAUGGUCAUAAUGAAUAUAAACGUAUACGCGUCUGCCUCCACAUUCAAAUUACGUACUUAUUAUUAUGUUUUUAGAGAAUUUAUUUGAAAUGGCUAAAUAGUCAUCUCGAAACAGCCGUGUAAUUAAAUUAAAUAAGUUUCAUCGCGAAAUCAAGCCCCCUUUGUACUGUCCAAAUUUGUUCGAUGUUAUCUUUAGUGCGACGUAUGCCAGUGCUUACACGGAUUUAACAGGAUUGAAUGCAAAUAUCAAAAACCUUUAACAACUUGGCCAUUAAAAUUGUAGCGACUUAGCGUAAUACUGAGCUAGAAUAAAAAUGAGACUGAUUAAGUGCGAAGAAUUACAAUAUUACCUACAUUUGAAAAUAUUAUCAUAUUAUCUAGUAGCAGUGAAAGUUGUAUGUAUUUGUAAAUUAUUUUAUGAUUAUAAAAUGUUACUUACUAUUAUCUAAUCAAACACUAUGACUGUAUAAUAUAUAUCAAUUUAAGUUUUAUUCGCAUUAUUCCAGCAAUUUCAAUGAUAACGUAGCGAUAUCUCUCGGCCAAUAGAAAAACUCAAUGAUGUCAUUCAUCGACUCAAAAAAGAUUUAACGUGUUCUAUUGUUGUACAAUAUUGUAACUAAAACGGAUGAGACAGAACCCAACUCAAACAAAUUACCAGACCUGAAGAUUCUGGUAGUUCUUUCUGUCUGCAAAGAAACUUAAAUGUCAAUAUGUCGAAUUUUUUUAUCCCUACCUAAUCCUUGGUAGACUAAGAAGUUAUUACGUCGACGAAUCACAACUUAGAUGUCUAAGACCGUGACAGCUGCUUAAUUCGACACAGCGUAACUUACAUUAGAAUAUUAAUAAAAAAUUCGAAAUUAAACCGUAAAAGUUUUAGUUGUGUUGUAGACUCGCGAAAUCCAAAGAGAAUUAGUUUAACAGAUACUCUACUUCUAUGUAAUAUUGUCCCUAUCAAGAAGCACAGACGUAGUGGUGCCUCAAAGAUUUGCUGAUGUGCAAGAGCAACGGCUCAUAUCGCUUUUGCCGAUAAUACGAUAAAUUCCAAUUGCAAUAUUUAAUAGUUUGAAACAGCUUUGGACCAAAGAAUUUUAAUCAAAAUGAAAACUGUAACACCAAUGCUACAGUUACACCCAAGAAAAUACAGAUAAAUGAAUAAUGUUGAAUUGUAUGAAAUUUUCUUUUGUAAUGUACCAAUAUAGUUCAUUCAACAUCAUUGUUGUCGUUUCGGAUAUAACUGUCUAUGUAUCGGAAUUUUUAGGACCGUUUUUACCUCCACUUUUAUAUAAUAAAUACAUUAAUAUAAAAAUUGUUUACAUAAACAUAGCUUCUCUCGGAAUUAUGUACCUACCUAGAUUGAAUCAUUAAGCACGCAAUAGUAAACCAUUAAUUCAAGUGACAAAAAUUAAGGUAACCGUAUGGUUUUAAUUAAGGAAAAAUCAGCAGUAGAUAGUGUUAAUUCGUUUAAAAACAUGUAGCUCUUAUUCGACUAGAAAUUUGAAUGUAACAUUAUUCAGCAUUAAAUUAACCUUAUAAUAUUGUAAAACGAUUACUAAUAACUGGUAGCAUAUUAAGACAUUGUAAAAAUAAUAAUAAAUGUCAUUUACGAAA